AUUGAGUAACGGAGACACGAAGCUCUCUGAUUGGGCGCUGCGCGUGCGAUCCGACGAAUAUCUGUAGGUUUUUUUCCCUUGCCUUUUAACAGUCAAAUCAGCUACCCAUCUCAGUGGACCUCAGCGAAUCCUUGUCCCCAAAGCGGUUUCGGGGAAAAUUUGUGAUUUUGCGAUCUGGAUAAUGAAAAAUGUAUCAACCAAAACCUGUUUCCAGUCUAGGCCCGAAUCACGGAAAUUCACUUGCUCGGGACUCACAAUUAGAACUGAGUGACAACAUGAUGAGUCCUAACAGUGGGUCCCCCAACACCAAUAACCCUAAUAUGGCAUCGAGGCAGCGCUUGAGGUGGACACAUGAGCUUCAUGAACGGUUUGUUGAUGCUGUGACUCAGCUUGGUGGACCAGACAGAGCUACACCUAAAGGCGUCCUCAGAGUCAUGGGUGUGCAAGGAUUAACUAUAUACCAUGUCAAGAGUCACUUGCAGAAAUAUCGUCUUGCAAAAUACAUACCAGAGUCUUCGUCCGAUGGUUCAAAAGGUGAAAAGAAAGAUCCUGGAGACAUGAUUUCUGGAAUUGAAAACUCCUCGGGGAUGCAAAUAACUGAAGCAUUGAAACUGCAGAUGGAGGUGCAAAAGAGACUGCAGGAACAACUGGAGGUCCAAAGACAGCUGCAACUAAGAAUAGAAGCUCAAGGCAAGUACCUCAAGAAAAUCAUCGAAGAACAACAGCGUCUAAGUGGCACUCUCACUGAAACUCCUGACAGAAACACCACUCCCGCCCCAAUAUCUGACCCCUCGACUCCCGCCCCAAUCUCCGAAUCUCCCAUCCAAGAAAAACCCACUUCUGCUACUGCCAUCUUCAAGAAUGAAUCCUUCACAUCUCAUCAUGAGCCAUUAACUCCAGAUUCUACUGCUAGAAAUGGCUCAUCAUGUGAGAGCACAAUGCAUGAAAGACCUAUAAAGAGGCAGCGGAGCAAUGGAAAGGGCGAUUUGGUUCUUGGACAUCAUAUACUUGAGUCAAGCUCUGGCUCGGAUUUCCAGCAACCUUCCUAUGAUGAUUGAUUAUGACUUAUGCUUAGAGGAGAUGCUUGUUCUGUUUAGAGAUGUAUAAUUUAUAAGCAUUUGAUGCUUGUAAAAUGUUAACCAUUGUUAGGAGCAUCAAUGUGUUGUAACAUGAUUAAGAUUUUAAGAGUGUCUUUAUUGUAGCAUUUUAAUAUUCGGUGAACUUGAGCAAUGUGAACUUGGCCUUGAUGGUUGAAGUUCAGUAAAACUAUGAGAUGUAUAAUUUUAUAA